AUGGAAAAAAGGAAGAAUAAAUUAGGAAAAUGUAUGUUUUAAUUUAUUUCUUAGUUAAAAAAUUACUUAAUGGUCAAUGUGAAUAUAUUGGUUCUUUUGCGCUACUUCAACCACAAAAUCUGAACUUAUUUUGA